CAGCUUCCAUAUAAUACAGAUAUAAUAUGCAUUUUAUCCGCCAGGGUUUUAGACAAUCUCGUUGUCAGUUUAUUAUCAUCGUGUAUCAUCGUUUACCAAUUGUUAGCAACAAUUAAGCUUUUGUGCAUUUUUCUUUGGAAAUUCACUUUUGUUUAAGUGCAAAGUAAUCGGGAAACUCCACGCCGGCUUUAUUAGGUCCCCGUAGGACCGACCAGUGUAUUAGUGGGUGUUCGAGUGUCAGUGUCAAGUUAGGGCUCCUUCAAACGGUUCCAAAUGCGAAGGGACUUCAAAAUGAGACUUUCGAAAACCGACAGAAAGGAGCUGGACAAGUUCACGAAAUUUCUGUCCCUCAAAGCUACCGAAGUGAUCGUGCAAAGCCGUUUAGGCGAGAAAGUGUCAACGCCUUGCAAAUCCCACCUCAAUGGACCAGAUUGGUUCAACCUGAACAUCAACGAUCUGCCCGAUGUGGUGAUCGAGGCCAAAAAAGUCCUAAACAGUGAACUGCUAAUAUCCAGAAAAAUGCCGUUUUGUAUUGAAAUUUCGCUGCGAACAGCAGAGGGCGACAGCAUGGUGUUGGAAAGUUGGUGCAUUCGAUUCCUCAACGAACAGUGCGAUCCAGUUACGACCAACGGCCAAAACAUCUACAAUCGCAUGGGGAUUCUUCUCAAGUCUCUGGUAAGCGUAACCAGAGUCACUCCGGCCUACAAAUUGUCGCGACGCCAAGGCCCGGACUCCUAUGUAAUGAUGUACAGAGUGUACAUGGAAGAACCCCAGCUUCAUUCGCUGGGCGAUGGCUUCAAACAGAUCCGAGUCGGCCAGAUAUGCACCGCUUUGGGCACGUUGCAGUUCUCCUGCGCCUAUCGCACCAAAAUGACAAUUUCGCCUACGCAGACCAGCAGGAACGACUCGCUUAUGCUAAAAAGCGACCACUUCAACACCAAUCUAAGCCCCCGCAGCAAGCGGUACCAGCAAGGGGAUGACUGCACAUCGUCGCUAUCCGAAACGAUGAAAAUUGGCGCGUUUGCCGAGAGGAAGAAGAUCUUCUUUGAAGAUCCGCAGCUCGAGCUGCCGUUUAGCACGUUUUUUGCCGAUCGGAUUUCGCUCAACGAGCAGCCGAUCGAGAGUGAGUCUCAAAGUUUGGCCACGUCGCCCUCAAAUGAGCGCCUCAACGGCACCAAGGAACUAAAGGAGGCCACAGCACAGCAAAAGGGCGAAAAGAACGGAAACGUGGCAGCGCAGCCCGAAGCCUCCAUGGUGUCAACAGGCGACGACUUUAUCAUGGUAGACUUGAGAACGCCAUUUGCUAAGCCAUCAGGUGAAAAAUCCGAGCUAACGAAGUUCUUCAAAGAGUGGCAACAGGCGCCCUUAUUGGAGACGUUUAAAGAGCUGCCGCCCAUUGAGGCGACCGACCUCCAAAAGCAACUGGAAACGUUUGAGAGCGACCUCAAUGAGUUCGACAGCAUCGUGCAAACGCUUUGUCAAAGUUCGCCGAACAACAAUUGAACCCGCCUUGAAAGAGCCACCCCGGAGUGGUUGCGCCGAUAUUUAUUUAUUUUCUCUGUGUUUCGUAUAUAUGCAUUUGAAAAAUAUGCCCCGAUGUGUGAUUGGUCCGGUGUAAGCGAUGUUUUUGAGUGGGGGUCCAGUCGAUGCGAGCCUCUAUAUUAGAGCGCUUUGAAUGUUUGCGGUUUCUAUUGAUGCAUAUCAAGCCCGAUGUUGGUUUUGGUAGGGCCGGGAGGUUGUACAAGGCAACCCCCGUAGCUGAAGACUGAAUAAGGGAGACAAGAACUUACUAAUUUAAUUUUGUACAUAUAUUUCUAGGGAAAGUUGCGGCCUGACUCACUUUUGCGGAGAGUGAAUGGCUUUGAGUGAGUGCGCUUGAAUGAGAGUGCCAAGUGAGGUCAGGGGUAGUUAGUCUAUGCCGCGUGCUGAUGCUGGAAGCGAAUAUUUUACUGUCAAUUUGUACACGGAAAGUGCACAGGGUGUCCUGCGGCACUCUGUGCUCAGGUUAUUGAAUUUAUUCAAAGUUUAACUGCGUUAAAGUGCUGUUAAAGUUUAUUGUUCCGGCGAUUGUCCCUUUGUCUGGUACCUUGCAACGCUUUGUUCGCUUGCAAUAAUUGCUCAAUACGUAACCGGUUUCGCAUAUUGUAAAUGAUGUGGUUCUAUUUUAUUAAUAUUAUUAUUAUUGUGGCUUCAAACCAAACUUGUUUAGUUGAGAGUUUACGCGUCAGUUGUACUUUGUCUAGGAAAAUGCGAGAAAAUUGAUUCAAACAGUUAUUGCCAAAUUGUAUUUUAUUUACAUUAAAAAAGUAUCUUUUAA